CUCCCUCCCUCUCUCUCUCUCUCUCUAUUUCUCUACAUCUAUUCCUUCUUUUCUCUUCUGCAUUUACAUUACCCUUUGUGGGUUUCAAUUCAAGCUUGAAACUCAACAAGGGAUGUUUUUUUAGGCUCUAAAUCUAAUCCUUCAAGAUUCUAACAUUUUAGUGUAACAGGAUUAGAAGAAAAAAUGAUCAGCUGUUUGGUUCUCAUUUCUCUGCUGAUCCAUGCAACUGCACAAGUACCACUCAAACCUCCAACAUCCAACAAGAAAUGGCUAACUCUAAAUGGUCAGCCACCUCUUGUGGUUGCUCGUGGUGGGUUUUCCGGGGUUUUUCCUGAAUCCACUGACUUUGCAAUUGACAUGACACUUUCAAGCGUAUCCAAUGUGGUUAUGCUCUGCAAUUUACAACUAACAAAAGAUGGAAAAGGAAUAUGCCAACCAGAUGUAAGGAUCAACAACACAACAAAUAUAGAUAUGGUCUAUCCAAACAAUUCAAAAACCUACAAUGUUAAUGGGAAGGAUGUUACUGGGUGGUUUUCCGUAGAUUUUACAUUCGAGGAGCUUUUGAGCAAUGUAACAGUUAUGCAAAGUAUAUUAGCUCGACCAAGUGACUUUGACAACCAACUUCCUGUGACCCCUGUUGAUGAUGUUUUACAUGGUAAAUUUCAUUCCUACUGGAUAAAUGUUCAGUAUGACAAAUUCUAUACUGAACACAAACUGAAUGUGGCAUCAUAUAUUCAAACGGAAAGGGCAUUUCGUCGUGUCGACUACAUUUCAAGUCCUGAGAUUGGUUUCUUGAAGUCAUUGAAUGGAAAAGUGAGCAGAAGGACCAAGCUCAUCUUUGUUUUCCUCGACAAAAAUGCUAUUGAACCCACAACCAACCAAACCUACGGUUCAAUUCUGCAAAAUCUUGCCACAAUCAAGUCAUUUGCAUCAGGAAUUGCAGUCCCAAAAGAUUACAUAUGGCCUGUAACCAAAGCCAACUAUUUGGAGAAGAAUGCAACUAGUCUCGUCCUAGAUGCUCAUAAACUUGGUCUAGAAGUAUAUGCUUCUGGUUUCGCAAAUGACUAUGUUACAGUCUUUGAUUAUUUCUAUGACCCAGCAGCUGAAUAUUUGCAAUUCAUAGAUAAUAAACAGUUUGCUAUUGAUGGAAUGAUCACAGAUUUCCCUUCUACAGCAUCAGCAGCUCUAGCAUGCUUUGCAAAUUUCAGUGACGUUAGCAUGCCAAGAAAGGAUGGACCUCUGAUAAUAACCUACAAUGGAGCAAGUGGAGUAUAUGCUGGCUGCACCGAUCUUGCUUAUCAACGAGCAUUAGAUGAUGGUGCUGACAUUAUAGAUUGCACAGUUCAAAUGUCAAAGGACGGAGUAGCUUUCUGUAUGGACAGUGCAGACCUUACAGGAGAUACAACAGCAAUGACUACCUUUGUUUCGAGAUCUAGCACUAUCCCUGAAAUCCAACCGGCUGCUGGAAUCUUUUCAUUUGAUCUCACAUGGACUGAAAUUCAGACAUUGCGGCCUCAAUUGGUAAGCCCUUUGGGUAAUGGUAAUUUGUUCCCAAGAAACCCUGCAAGCAAGAAUGCAGGUAAAUUUAUGACUCUGCCUGAAUUUUUGGACUUCGCCAAAACAAAGGCAGCAUCUGGAAUUUUAAUCAACAUUGAGAAUGCUGCUUUCCUAGCUGCAAAGAAGGGUCUUGACAUAGUAACUGCGGUUACCACUGCAUUGAGCAAUGCCACUUUUGACAAGCAAGCCACUCAACAAGUGCUAAUUCAAUCAGAUGAUACUUCAGUGUUGUCUAAAUUUCUAAAUAUUCCUGCUUACAAAAGAGUGUUGUACCUGGGAGAAGAAAUAAGUGCAGCACCCAAGAAAUCAGUUGACGAAAUCAAGAAAUUUGCUGAUGCUGUCAAUCUUCCAAGAACCUCACUCGUCCCUACCAAUAAUGGCUAUGCUGUAACUACAACAAAUGUUGUGCAUGAAAUGCAUGCUGCAAAUUUGACAGUAUAUGUAUCGCUUCUGAGGAACGAAUUCGCUACACUUCCAUUUGAUUUCUUCUCAGAUCCUACAGUAGAGAUUGCUACUUAUAUUGCUGGACUUGAAGCUGAUGGGAUCAUAACUGAGUACCCUGCAACUGCAAGCAGAUAUUUGAGAAAUGUAUGUUCAAAUCUCAACUACGACCUCCCAUUCACAGUCCUACCAAUUGAACCACCACUUUUACUUCAAUUCAUUAACUCCGAAAUGCUACCACCAGCAGCUGCUCCUUCACCAGUUUUGGAUGUUGCAGAUGUGGUAGACCCACCACUACCAGCAGUAGCCAAAACCACAGAUACUUCUUCUUCAGGCAGUCCUGCUCCAACCACACCACCUAGCGCUGCCACAGCAAAUAUAGCCAAUUUGGGUGCAACAGUACUGGCAACAAUGGUAUUAUUGAGUUUACUCUCUAAAAAAUUCUAGUGAGUCUGCAGAAGUUACAACUCAAAAGAGAGGCAUGGAUGAUAUAUAGCAAAAAAAAAAACAAAAAAGAAAAAAAGGUGACCAUAAAACUGAACCUUGUUUGUUUUCCUGUAUUAAAAUUCUUGAGUAAAACCUGUACUAUAGUAAAACAAAAGUCUUGAUUGGGGGUACUGAUAUCAGUUUUCAGUAUAUGAGUCGGUCCGACAGAUAACAAAAUGAACAUUCCCUGGACAUGUGUAGGUUAAAAAUAACUAUUCCUUUAGCAUAAAUGAUAUGCACUUCCAUGUUUGAGUUUCAAAGCAAGAGUUUUCUUUUCUAGUUUGCAUAUGUAAUUCAAAAUUUUUAGGUCUAAAGCUUCUUAUGAGGUAAGUUGCUCUCUGAUUAAAUUUGUAAUCCUACAAAACGGCCCAAUUUUAAUAAAGAAAAGAACAUUGUGCAAGGUUCA